UCAUUAUGUAGAUUCUAAAAUAGUUAGUAGUACUUUAACGCCUUUGACGUAAAUAGUUUAGUGGUGUUCAACUUCACUUGUGUUAAUGUAGUGGUCUCCCCUGACAGAAGAAGCACCAACGACUUUGAAAGAUUAUGGUACUUGGAGAGUGACAAAGGCAAGAACAUGGUGCGUUUAUCAUUACCAAAAUUUGCUAUUAAUUAUGCACGGAGACAAAAGUAUAUGAGGGAAAAGCAUGGACACUACCAAAUCAAUGGAAAAUCAGUGAAUGGACCUAGAAUACUUACAAAAAAGGGCAUACAAAUAGAAAACCCCCAGACGUAUAUUCACCCUCCAAAACCAGAAUGGAAACCGACACGUAAACUGCCAAAUGACUUUAGACUUCAACGUUUUAUAAAACCUAAGAAAGAAGAACAAAAAACGUCGUGGAAUGUGCUUCCUGAAGUCAAUUUUACAGAAGGGCUUGAUCAAGCUUGCUUGCUUACAAAAACCCAAGGAUUUCAUGAACUACCGAAACAGGUGCAAAAUUUGAUGGGAAAAUAUUCUGUUCAAAAUCAAGAUGAAUGUGUUAAAGAGGCCAUUAGUCGUUCUCAGAUAUGGGACAGUACAGUAGAGAAGCUCCCAAAAUAUAGAGACUUGGCAAACGUGGGUUUUCGAUACCCUCGAAUGUAUGGAAUUCCAGAUAAAACAUCAGCACAAGUAUUGUUGACGAGGUUCCUCCAUAUGUGUCAAUCAAUGUGUCUUCAAUUCUCAGAGCUAGCGACAGAUCGGAGAGUCAUAUACAAACCUGCUACCGAGACAAUGUAUAAUUUCAGAGGAGAAAAAAUAUAUAUCAAAUUUACCAAUGACUUCAUGAUUUGUGGCUAUAACCCUUUGUCACAACCUGGUGAUAAAAGGAUGAUUCAAGAGUCAAUCAACCACAACCUGCAUGAUAUGUACCCUAUACUUCCUACAGUGGACCUUCAACCAAUAGCAGAAAACAAGUUUAUUAAUAAUGGAGUCUUUAAAGAACAAAAGCUUCCCUGGUCAAAUCCACAGAUUUCAUUCAGAGUUAACCCAACUGGACGUCCUAAAAAAUAUCAGGGUUAUAACCUAAUGACAACAUUUGGGCUGGCUUUAACUGAAGCUAGGAAUAAAUACAAUAUUGAAAACACUCCAUUGGAUAUACCAAUUACACUCAUUAAUAUCAACUUGAGCUUCGACACUAUCAAUUUUCUUGUGUUUCAAUUAAACACAAUGGACUUUCAGAAUGAAGAUGGAAUAAAGAACUUUGCAUGGUUUGAUAGUGAAAAAUUGUUCACAAAGACCUAUUGUCAGCCAUGGCUUGAGCCACGUGUAAACGGUCAACUUGUGUUUAAACCGCCAGAAUUCAGUGACUACAAUAAAAAAGCCUUUGAGAAAUUUUUAGCUCUGUAUUUGUAUGAUUAUGACAAACCUAAUGCUUUGUGAAUAAAACUAAAUGUCAUGCUUUUGACUGGAAAGAGUUAACACAAAAAUG